GUUAAGGCAUGUGCAGAAGCUUCAUCGGACUUUGAGAAAAUGGCUUUUGCUGGAGUCCUGGCUGAUGCUGACGUCAGCGCAGCUCUUGCUGCCUGCGAGGCCCCUGACACAUUCAACUACAAGGUUUUUUUUGCCAAGGUUGGCCUGUCCUCCAAGUCUGCUGAUGAGGUCAAGAAGGCUUUCUCCAUCAUUGACCAGGACAACAGUGGCUUCAUUGAGGAGGAUGAGCUGAAGCUGUUCCUGCAGAACUUCAAGAGCGGUGCCAGGGCGCUGACUGACAAAGAGACCAAGACCUUCCUUGCUGCUGGUGACAGUGAUGGCGAUGGCAAGAUCGGAGCUGAGGAGUUCGCUGCUCUUGUAAAGGCUUAAAUUUCCAUCUGACCAAGACUCAUCUCAGUUCAUGGAACCAGAACCCAAGCUACUGCCCACAUCUCUUUCAGCUGACCUAAGAUCAUAUAUAUUUUUUAUAUCUUAUUUAUGAAAUUACUUUGGACAGUUUACUUGACAUUGAACACAGUGUCCUUAGAUUGUGUUGUUAAUGUUAUUUGGAUGUGUUUUAUUUCAAGCCCGUUGGCUUGUGCAGAUGUCUCUUAUGCACUUCU